AUGCUUGACUAUAAAGUAUCAUCUGAUGAUUUAUCCUUCUCAUUAUCAGCAUUUUCCUCACCACAAAAAGAUGAUAUUCCAUUUGAUGAUGAUAUCGCGAAAGCUUUACAAUAUCUUAUACACAUAAAACAACUUUAUCCUGAUGUCCUUAAUAAUUAUCAUAAUUUUCCCAUUUGCCCAAUAGAUGUGAUUCAAAAUAACCAAUCCCGCGUUGAUUUGUCAACUUAUAUUAAUUCCCAUAUGCUUUCGGAUUUGAUUGCAAUUUUGAAAUCAGAAGAAUGUAUUGAUCGUUCCGAGGUUCUCGAAAUCAUUUAUAGUCUAACACAGUUUGAAAUAGUCCUUGAAUUUCUUAAUGAACAAGAUAUUAUCAACCACCUAUAUUCAAUUGCAUUAAGUCAAGAUUAUUCCCAAAAAGACAACUAUAUCGCAAUUAGGAUCCUCACAAGAUUACUUCCUCAUGUUGAAUACAAUGAAAUAUAUUUAACAGAUCACCCAAUCGAUGAAUUCCGUUUUCUUAGUGAACCAGAUGAAGUCGUUCCACUAUUCGCCAAAUUAAUAGAACUUAAUCCAAAUCAAGAUAAUUUUAGAUCAAUAGCUCAAUUUAUUUACGAAAAAACAGAAUUUGAUUGCUAUAAAGACAUAGUCAUGAUGUUGAAAAGCAUUCUACCGGUUUAUCCAGAAGAGAUUAACUUUCUUAUCGAGCUGCAGGCAAUCGAUAAACCAUGUUUCUUCAGAAGGCUCGCAUCACGUCUCUUUCGCUUUGAUGAUGAUCAAAAAGACGACAUUGUGAGCAUGAUGGGCUUAAUGGAAGCUUUAAUUGUUCCUUUAACGAGCAAUAUCAAGAUCAACGAAGAAGUAAUUUUAAUUAUUCACGAAAGCCAAAUGGCUUGGAAUGCCGCUAGAUAUUUCAUCUCCACAAUGUGUGAUGAUGACUCUCAGUGCAGUGCCAUUCAUUUCUUAGAGGUUUGCACUUCUCACGAUAUUUUACAUAAAGACGUACUGAAUGCAAUCACAAAGUGGAAUUUUCCAGUUGUUGUUGAGGUGUCUGACGAUUGCGAAUUUGAGCAAAAGAUACAUUUAAUUGUAAUUAUUUCUAAAGUAAUACAAUAUCGUGGGUAUAAUGCAGCAGAGAUAGCUAUUAAGAGUGGCAUACUAAGAUUGAUAAGUUCUUUCAUUCCAAAUUACAUCCAAUAUGCUUUGAAUGCUCUUGACAUUCUUAUUGAAAACUACGUUGAACAAGAUCAAGGAAAAACCAUCUAUGAUAUUAUUUGUAAAACUAGUAUCAUCCAAGAUUUGGAAGAUGCUUCAGAAAAUAAUGACAAUGAAGACGACUUCGAAAUGAUUAUUAAUUUUAUCAAUAAUUUCAACAACUUGGCAAAUAACUGA